AUGGAUGAUGAGUUUGACGAGACCUUUGUUUUUGAUGACGACUUGAUCGCACUCACUCAGGUCGCCGAAGCCGAAGCGGCGGCGGCAGCAAAUUCCACUGCUCACAGGCCUCAAGAGUCUGCUGUCAGAACGCCAGGAACUCCUCUUUCAGUACCUGCAGCAGCCCGGGUAAAUACGGCAGCUGCAAUCUCGGAAUUCGACGAUUUGCCAUCAGAUGCAUUCGACAGUUCCCCACAGCCACCAAACAACCAGAAGCGGCCGAGUCAAGUGCCACCUCCAAGAGCUACUCCGAUAUCCCAAGGACAAGGACAAGGCUUCCGGCAAACAACACUCUGGGGAGGCACUGCGCGGCAGGGCAGCAUUCGGCCAUUACAGGUGACUAAUAGUCGCCCAUUCCGCGCUGACCUGCCCCCAGAGAUACCCACUCAUCAUGAACUCAAUGACUGUGAGCUUUCAACAUGGGUCUAUCCGUUGAACUUGGGCCCAAUUCGAGACUACCAGUUUACCAUUGUCAACAGUGCUCUGUUCAACAACACACUUGUGGCUCUGCCCACCGGUCUGGGUAAAACUUUCAUCGCCGCCACGGUUAUGCUCAAUUUCUAUCGAUGGACCAAACGAGGGAAAAUCGUAUUCGUCGCACCCACCAAACCCUUGGCAUCCCAGCAGGUCAAGGCUUGUCUCGACGUUGCGGGCAUCCCACGGUCCGAGGCAACACUCCUAACAGGAGAGACGGCUCCGGCUUUACGUGAGGCUGAAUGGGAGACCAAGCGGCUAUUUUUUAUGACGCCGCAAACACUUCAAAAUGAUUUGUCUAAAGGCUACGCAGAUCCAAAGUCGGUUGUUCUUCUGGUAGUCGAUGAAGCCCAUCGAGCCACAGGCGACUACGCCUACGUGAAAGUAAUAGAAUUCCUCCGUCGAUUCUCACAGAGUUUCAGGGUUCUUGCACUUACGGCAACUCCCGGAUCCUCCGUGGAAGGCGUCCAAAAUGUCAUUGAUAAUCUCGGUAUCUCCCACAUCGAAAUCAGAACAGAAGAGUCUUUGGAUAUUCGACAAUACGUUCACUCGAGAGACACCAAUACGAUUACACUCGACCCAUCCGACGAGAUGAUGGAAGUGAGAGGCCUCUUUUCCAAAGCCCUCCAGCCUCUGGUCGACAAGUUGAGCGCCCAAAAUAUUUACUUUGGAAGGGAUCCCAUGAGUCUGACUACCUAUGGCCUGAUGAAAUCGAGAAGCGACUGGCUUGCCGGAGCUGGCAGACACGCAAACCAGGGAUUAAAGUUUGCCAUGUUCGCCGUGUUCAGCAUUCUUCAGAGCCUGGCGCACUCGAUAAAGUUGUUAAAUUUCCACGGGAUCAAGCCAUUUUAUCACAACCUGUUGGAGUUUCGCAAUUCGGAGGAGGAAAAGGGGGGAAAGGGUUCCAGCAUGAGGCGGCAGGUCAUCAAUGACGAAAGCUUCAAAAAGAUGAUGACCAUGAUCGAGAAAUGGAUGAAAUUGGACGGCUUCAGUGGGCAUCCCAAGCUGGAUUGUCUCUGCGAGACUCUUGUGCAUCACUUUAUGAAUGCCGGGGAAGGGUCCAGCACAAGAGUCAUCGUCUUCAGCGAGUAUCGAGACAGCGCCGAGGAGAUUGUGCGAGUUUUAAACAGCAAGCCUUUGAUCAGCGCCACAGUCUUUGUGGGUCAAGCAGAUUCCAAGAGAAGUGAAGGUAUGAAGCAAAAGCAGCAGAUUGAAACGAUUGAGAAGUUCAAGAACGGCCAGUACAAUGUUCUCAUCGCCACAUCCAUCGGCGAAGAAGGUCUCGACAUUGGCCAAGUUGAUCUUAUCGUCUGUUAUGACGCGUCAUCCUCUCCGAUCCGCAUGUUGCAGCGAAUGGGACGCACGGGGAGAAAGAGAGCAGGCAAAAUUGUGCUUCUCUUGAUGAAGGGAAAGGAACAGGAGAAGUUUUUGGAGGCGAAGGACAACUACGCAAGAAUGCAGCAGCUCAUCUGUGAUGGCGAUAGUUUCAACUUCCGGCAUGACCUAUCUACGCGAAUUAUCCCAAGAGAUAUAAAGCCAGAAGUUGAUAAGCGCAUGGUGGAGAUACCGAUUGAGAACACACAGGAUCCCUCCCUGCCUGAGCCUAAAAAAGCAAGAGCCCGGAAGAAAGCAUCGAAGAAAAAGUUCAACAUGCCCGAUGGUGUAGAGACUGGGUUCGUCAAGGCAUCCGAUUUCUUUGGGAAAGCAGCUGCCAAAAAAACAGCACCACCCAAACCGGUCGAGCCGCAGGAGACUGACGAGAUCGCGGAACCACCUCCUCUUGGAAAGGUCGUUUUGAGCAAAGCGCAGAUCGAGGAAUUGGACAGACGGUAUCGGAGUCUGCCAGGAAACGCAAAUGCCGAGGUUGGGCCUAUCGAUUUUGGUGCUCAUUCUCAGAGGUUCCUGCGGCCGACAUCCCUUGUGGGACAUGGCAAGAAGACAAAACGAUUUGUCAAGCUGAUGAAAAAGUUGGGAGACAGCCAGGACCCCUUCGAAAAGUUCACAGCACCAUAUGGAGAUACUGACAUGUCUAACUGGGGGGAUCUUCCAGUCCCCAUCUUUGCGUCAGAUACGGACGCUUCUGAAGAAGAAGACUCAGCUGGAACAGGGACGGGUGGCAACCGAGGCAAAAAGUGCAAAGUGCUUGCGGCAAGGCCUGAUGAGGAAAGCGAAGAGGAAGAUGGGGACGGAUUGGAGGCUGCUUCACCUCCAGCUCGGAAGAGGAGUGCUGGAGGCAAGAAGGCAGCAAAGAGGAAAGGCCGGGUGGCGCGGAAACUGGACGAAAUAGGGGAUGACUGUAUGCGGACGAGUGAUAUGGAGAUUACGGAUGGGUCAGACGAUGGUGCCGACCUAGAAGAUUUUGUCGUCGACGAUGAUGCGGACCUGUUCGGCUCGAGUGCCAAUCAAAAGUCAACAAAGUCGAGGACACCUGGCUCUGCAAAGAAGCAGCCGUCAGCAGAAGAAAAACCUUUCUUCGAACCCAUGGAUUUUACUGCGACGCAGGAUUCAGAUGAGGAGAUGCCGGAUAUCACGGAGCUGCUGAAGUCGUCGGUAAAGAAAACGAAACACAGCAUGGCGGCGACAGCUUUUGGCACAGAGGGUAAGGAGGAUCUGUCGCCGGAGCCGACGACGCCACGGAAGAAGAAAAGGCGGAUCCUUGUUGCUGACAGUGAUGAUGAUGAGUGA